AUGGAGGAAGAUUAGAGUAAAUAGAGUAGUGAGAUACAAAUGAAACGGACAGAAUCUUAGGCAGGGGUAUUAGACAUAUAACCGCCUUAGUUAGGUAUAGAGUAAGAACAUCAGCAAGUGCCAGAGGUAGAUUAAGAAGAUGAUGAUUGUAAAUAAGAUUAUUGAUAUAUAUAAAAUUAGAAAUAGUAUAGACUCAAGUAGUAUAGGGAGAUUAAUAAGUAGUUUCAAAGAAUGGUACAUAGAAUGGAACUAAUUCAUAAUCUAAUAUUCAUUAAUCAGCGAUAAUAAAUGAACGGGUAUAAGAAAUGUUGGCAAAAUCAGUAAUAUAAGCUCCAUUGCCAGAUGAAGCAGAUGAAGCCAAAGAAGAACCAUAAAAUCCUAUAUUAGAUUUAAUAGCAGAUGAUUAUUAUCCACCAGAGGAUUGGUAAGUAUAAAAUUAAGAAGAGAUACAACCAGUCAUUCAUCCAAACACAAUUUAAUUCCAUGAUUGCUUUGGAAUGGAUUCAAAUAAAAAAAGUAAUUUAUGGUUGAUAGAUUCAUAAACAUUUGUGUAUGCAAGUAGUAUCAGUUACCAUUUUUAUAAUUUCGUAUAAGGAACUAAUGAAAUAUUUUUUAGUAGAGAUGGAGGCGGUAUUGGUAGUGUUGCUGUUCAUCCUUCAAGAAAAUACUAUUCUGUUGCAGAAAAAGGAACAUUCCCUAAUGUUUAUAUUUAUGAUUUGACACAUCGAUUAUAUAGAGUAUUAGAAAAAGGAACUGAAAGAUCAUAUUCUAAUUCUAUAUUCUCUAAAGAUGGUGAUAAAUUUGCUACUGUUGGUUCAUCACCUGAUUAUUAAAUAUGUAUUUGGGAUUGGAAAUAAUAAAAGAUACUAUUAAAAGCUAAAGCAUUUUCAUAAGAAGUAUACAAAGUUGGAUUCUCAGAAUAUAAUGUGAAUUAAUUAGCCACUAGUGGAAUGGGUCAUAUUAAAUUUUGGAAAGUUGCUGAAACAUUUACAGGACUUAAAUUAAAAGGGGAAAUUGCUAAAUUCGGUUAAGUUGAAUUAUCAGAUGUAUAUGCAUUUUAUCCAUUUCCAGAUGGCAAAGUAUUAAGUGGAACUGAAUAUGGUCGUUUAAUACUUUGGGAAGGAAAUGUUAUCAAAGUAGUCAUCGGAAUCUCUGAAGAAGAACCUUGUCAUAAAGGUGCUAUUGAAUCUAUAUUCUUAUAUAAAGAUUGUAUUGUUAGUGGAGGUAAAGAUGGAUUCCUUAGAUCUUGGAAAUUAACUGAAUUAGAUUAAGCUGAAGGAGAUGAUUAGCUUAAUUAUUUUACUUAACCAAUCAAAUCAUUAGAAUUAGUAGAUGAUGGAGAAAAUGCUCAGAUUAUUUAAGUUGUUACAGAUGAACAUUUCUGGCUUAUUGGUGAUUAAGGAGGUAGAGUUUGGAGAGUUGAUUGGGAAACUGGUAAAAAAGAAAUUGUAUACAGAAAUAAUUCUGGUCCUUAUCUUGAUCUUGCACCUUCUCCAUAAUUAAAUGCUGCUAUUACUGUUGGUGAUGAUGGAGCAAUCACUUUAUGGGAUUACGUUAAAAGUGAAUAAACUUAUAAACGUAAAUUUGCUAAAAAAGCUACAUGCAUUUAAUGGAUGCCUUUCACUAUGACUAAUAAGGGUAGAGUUGUUGUUGUUGGAUAUAGUAAUGGAAUUGUUAGAUUUCUAUUACUCAAUUAAGAAAACUUUGUUUUAUUAAAUGUAUAAAAAGUACAUCCUAAUCCUAUACAAAAAAUUAUAGUCUCCAGUAAUACUAAUUAUGUUGCUGUCUUAUCCAAUAAAGGAGAAAUAUUCUUUCUCAAAUAUUCCGAUUCCAAUAUAUAAGAUAUUCAAGCAUAUUGCUUAUGGGAAACCAAAUUAAGCAUCAAUGAUUUCUGUUUUGAUAAAACGGGAACUAAAGUCAUGAUGGCAUGCAAAGAUGGAUACUUAUAUCAAGCUCUUGUACCUAAUGAUGUAGAUAAUAGUGAAAAUUAUUUACAAGAAUUUAAUGCUACUAAAUAUUUAGUUAGAAUGAUGGAAUCUUAGAAACCAAAGAAAGAAGAUCUUGAUUUAUAGUUUUUAAUGAAACUCAAAGAUGAUAAGAUGCCAGAUGUAGAAUGGGAUCCUGCUAGUAUAAUGAAUGUUGUUUAUUAUGGAGAUAAGAUAUUAUGUACGGCAGAAGGGAAAUAUUUGGGAUGUUGUUACAUUAUUGAUUUAAAUAAAGAUAGACCUAUAGAAAUGAUUCCUAUAUAGAAAAUGCAGACUUUUCAUAUAGAUUAUAAAGAUGAUGUAUUAACAAUUGGUUAUAAAAAUGGGUAAUGGGAUAUUCGUCAUAAGACUGAUUUUAAUAAAUAGAUUAAUAAAUAAUCUCAUGAUAUGGAUUAUGGACGUGUUCGUAAAGUUAGUUUGACUUUUGAUAGAAGUGGAGUAUUGAGUGUUAGUGAUGAUGGAACAUUUUAUGUUUACAAGAUAGAUUUUCAGAGUUUCUUGAUGUAAUUGAGUGGAAAUGAUGUAACAGAUUUCUAAUAUUCUGAAUUUACAAUGGGAAUAAAUAGUGGAACAUUUGCUGAAGAAAUAGCAUUUGAGGAAUCGUAGGAUAUUUUGGAUGAUACUAUAUAUUCAAUUUAACAAGCAAAAUUAUUGGCUGAAGAAGAUAAUCGUAGAAAUGAGGCAAAUAAGAAGAAGGAGACAGUAAAAUCACGAAUUUUGCAAUUAAGAGAAUAAUUUUCAUAAGUGAGAUAGAAAAAUUAAACAUCUGAGGAUGCUGCAAAAUUAACAGAAGAUGAAUUAUGUGUUGAUCCUGAGUAUAAGUAGAUGUUAUUGGAUAGAGUUGCUGAAGAUGUAGAAGAAACAAGAUUAGAAUUAGAAUGGGAUAGAACUUUAGCAAAAAUGAAGGCAGAUAAAUUAAAAGCCUAUAUGAUAGAGGAGCUUGAAAUAGAUAAAUUUAUGGUUAAAGGAUUUAGAAAUUAAGCUUCUGUAUAAACAUUUAAAGUCAAAAAAUUAAGCAAUUUUCUUAUUGAAUAAUUAAAGGAAACCUAUAGAUUGAUUGAGGAAGAACGAAAGAAUUAAGAAAAUUAACCAUAAAUUGAAAAUAAGACUUAAGAGAAAAUAUAAGUUUAAUCUUAAGUUAAAAUCACUGCUGUAGAUAUGAAAGAAGAACAAUAGAAGGCAACAGUUUAAUAAAUGGAUCCUGAUUAAAAAGUACCUUAGGCUAAAUUAGAAAGAGAAAGAUUACGUUAAGAAGAAGAAAGAAUUAAGAAAGAAUAAGAAUUAUUAGAAAAAUCUAAACCUAUUGAAUUAGCAAAACCAGAAAAUGCUCCAGAUAUUUAAGAAGCUAUUAAAUAAUAUGGUGAUUAUAAAUUAAAGAGUUCACCUAAUUAUGAAGUACCAGAUAAUUAGAGAAUGAAUGUGAGCAAAAAAAGAAAACAUAUGUAUAUGUUAGAAGAAUUCAUAUAUAAUACUAAAUUAAAAUUCAAUUAACAAUUAUUAAAUUUAAAAAAAAGAAAAGGAAAUCUAAUUGAGAAAAUUAAGAAGUAUAAUUAAUAAAUUAAGAAAAUCAAUGAAUAAUUAGGUAAAUAAGAACAAUUGUUUUAACCAGACAUCGAUAAAGAAUUGGAAGAUCCUCACAGUUUUAUGGAAAUUAGUGAUGAACAAAUCAAUGAAUUUAUUAGUAAAUUGUAAUAGUAAUAAUAAAAAAAAGAUGAAUAAAAGAGAAUUGCUCCUGCUUAAAUUUCAAAACCAGCUGAAUAAAAUUAAAUUAAAACUAGAAAAGGAAUAAGAGUAUAAUAAUCAAGUCUUGAAGAGGAAAUGAAGACUAUUCAAGAUAUGGUAUUAAAUGCAGAAAAAUAGAGAAUGAUUGAGGAAAUGUAGGAUGAGAUUAAUUAAUUUGAUAAGGAUGUGGUUAAGUGUCAAAAUGAAAAAAAUGUACUUGAAAGUGAUAUGUUGAUAGCUUAGAUGAAAUUAGUAACAUAUUAUUAAGAAUUGAUUAUUUUAGAAGAUAUGGAAGAUUUCGAUAAUAAAUUAAUAAAAGAAGUUUUGGAUUUUAAAAAGGAAAAGUAGAAUUUGGAAUAAUAAGUAGAGAAGAUCUUAGAGAAUCUUGCUACAUUAUAAAAGAAGGAAUAAUAAAAUGAUAAAGAUUUGAUAGAAUAAUUGAAAGCAUGGAAAGAAUUGGUUCAUCCUGAUGAUGAAUAGAAGCGAAAUAAAAUUCAUGAUUACUAUCGUAAAAAAUUUAAAAGAGAGAUGUUGAAGAGAUUGAAGAAACAAUAAGAGAAAGAACACUCUGAUUCUGAGGAGAAUGAAGAUGAUGAAGAAAAUGAGGAUGAUAAUGAUGAUGAUAUUGUAUCUGAUGAUGAUGAAGAAGAAAAGCCUGAUAUCUCUCCUGUAGAGUAAGAUCCAAAAGUUAGAGAUGUUAUUGAGAAAAUCUGUGGUUUGGAAGAAUAAUAAGAUAAUUUCAAAUAGGAAAAAAUACAAAAUGAAUAAUAAAAGUCUAAAUUAGCCAAUAAAAUAGCUUAGAAUGAUAUUUAUUUAAAGAGAGCUAAUGAUGAUUUAACAUAAUAUCAAAGAAAGAAAUUAUAAAGAGUUAAUCAAUUAGAUGUAAGUUUUGUAUUAAAAUUAUCAUAAGUUUAAAAUCUUAAUGAUUAAAAAUAAUUACCUAUUGAUCUCAAUAAAUCUAUACUAUUUACAGAAUAUGAUUUUUUUAAACUUUGUAAAAGAGUUGUUGAAUUGAAACAUGAAUAAGGAAAAAUAACUAAAUAAAAAGCUUAAAAGGAUAAAACUAAGAAAAUGUAAGAAAAGGAAAUUAAAUUAAAAGAUCUGAAAAUAGAGGAUUUAAAUAAAAAAUAUGAAGAAAAACAUAUGUUAAAAUUUGGAGAUAUUAUUGAUCUUAAAAUAUUGGAUGCUUUAGAACCUACAAAGGCAGUUUUAGAUAUGAGAGCAUAAUUCAAUUAAGAAGAAAAAGAAGCUUAAAGAAAAGUUUCUAGAGCUAAAGAAGAAUUAUCAAAAGUGAAAUAAUAAUUAUUAGAAGUCAAACGAGAGAAUACUAAAAUUUUUACAAAUAUAACUAAAUUAGGCAAAUAAUAAAUGGAUUUAAGUAAAAAAUUAACAUCAGGCAACAAACAAUUAUUUAAAGGAGAUAAUAAAGAGAAACGAUCAGAUAUGGAUAGUGAUAGAUAAAGUUUAGAAGAUUUAGUCAAAUUUUUGGGUAAGGAAAUAGAAGACCUUAAGAAUGAGAUUGGUUUAUAUAAAAAGAAAGGUAUUAAAUUGAAAUAUAAAAAUAGGUGGUCAUAUAUAUACAAGUAUUACAUAAACAAAUUAAAACUUUGUUUAAAGAUGAUAUAUAAAUGCAAUUAUUAUAAAAAG